UAUGAAACACUGAAACAUUUGAUACGGCAUUUGAGUCGUGUGAGUAAGAAAUGUGAUGUGAAUUUGAUGGAACCAAAGAAUCUGGCAAUCAUAUUCGGUCCAUCGAUUAUACGCACACCAAACGAUACGCUCGAGAUAGCGGUGAAAGACAUGAAGCAUCAGUGUCGCAUUGUAGAGCUGCUCGUGACGCAGGUGAGCAUAUAUUCCAAACGACGCCUUGUACAUACAAAUGNAAUGCAAAAGCAGCAGCUGCAGCAGCGGCGUCGCAAAGCCGUGCCCACUAUUUAUGAUUUUGGGCUAACAUUGCGUGUACAAUUUCAGUCACUGGAUUCCACCAAAUCUGCUACGACAGCGAUGACCACAAGUAGCAGUUCAACAAAUGCUACUACAGCGUCGUCAAGCAGCAGCAGCGUCAUUACCUCCACUCAAAAGACGAAAAAGGAGCGUAGCUUCCUUAUCAAUCACGGCAGUGGCGGUUUUGUGCGUUUGCACCAUAGAAAAGCCAGUCUGGAUGAGAAGGACUCAGGCAGCUGUAGUGGUUCGGGUAGUGGCAGCGGAGGCAGCAUGAGCAAGGAACAACAACGCAGCAGUGUCGAUAUAUCCGUGCUGCUGACAGAUGAUGAGUCGAGCAACAGUCGAAGCGACACGGGGUCCAUGUCUCUCACGACCAUCACAGACACGCUGGAUUCAAAAUUGCGCAAUCUGCGCAGCGGCUCUGAGUCGAACGAUGAAAAUGGUUCGCCAGAGUUUCGCAAAAAUCGACGGCACACCCUUGGUCAACCGCUGCAUCUGCAUUCAGAAAACAUUCCCUACGCCGACGAAUCACCUGAGCGUCAUUUUCAUUCCUGCCCUUUGGAUGCACCCAACGUGUUAAUGCUCAGCCGUUCUUGCACCGCCACCAACACAUUGGCCUCGGCGAAAGCGCAUGAGACCAAAGAGCAGCGGGUGGCAGCGGUAUUGUCAGCAUACAAAAGCAACAAACUGCAACAUUCGGCCACUGUGCCCAUCAAUCCUGGUUCGACCACAACCAUCGUGGGUAGCGGCAGCAUACCAUCCACUGCGGCAUCAACACCCACCGCUAUUUUGACGGUAAAAACGACGAGCACACAAGGCGGCAUUGGCGUCGGUGGCAGCACAAAUGUUAGCAGCGGUGGUAGUGGGGGAAACUUAGCGCGCAAUUCCUAUUUGGGACGUGGCACACGAUUUUCCAAGCAAGUCUACGAGCAACAGUGUUGCUCGGACGAUGAUUCCGAAGGUUCGACAACAAGUGACCCAAAGGAUUCGCUCAUCAUAGCAUCACCGCCGUUUUUUCUAGAUCGUUACAAUAAGAAACGACGCGAUCAUCGGCUUUUCCGCUCCGCUUCUUUCAAUUGCCGCAAUUAUUCGUCGUCGUCGGGCAGACACAGCAGCAGUGGCGGGCCGCAUCACAACACUGGCGGCUCAGCAUCAGCGUUGACAAAAGAUGAAAAGACUGAUAUGAAUUUAACGAAGAAGCGACAAAUACAAAACAAACAGAAUCGUUCCAUAAAGCGGCGGCACACCGUGGGAGGACCGCACGACUAUGUCGGACCCAAUGGUUGUCCGCCUGCAAAUAGUAACAAUUGCAAUCAUCAUCACACAUGUAAGGUGACCGCAAGUGCAGGAGGCACAACCACCACAACCACAACUGUGCUCCGACGCAUUCCUAUACCAAGCGCUAAUGGCAACAUCAGCAACAACAACAAUAAUAUCAAUACAAAUCUACCGCCAGACAAUGGUAAUGGUGGUGGCGGUGGUGGCGGCGGUGGGGUCGGAGGCGCCGGAAGUGGUAAUAGUGGAAGUAGUGCCGUCAAUGCCGGUGGGGCUACAGUGGCUAUGACGAGUAAUGCGGGAGGCGACCAUGUAUUAGAAGUUGGCAUACGUAUAAAGAAUAUCAACAGAAGUCGAUAUUAGGAGCGCUAACUAAACAAGCUAAAGCUUGUGAACUGUUGUGUGCAAAAAUGUGUAAAGUGCAAGCGCAAUGUAGCAAACGGAAAGAGCAAACUGCAAGAAAAGAGAUAUAAGAAAAAACACCAAUUAGUUAUUAAGUUGAAAACAUAAAAGUCAGCAGCGUUCAGUUAUAUGUGUGUGUAAAAAAUAAUAAAAAAUUAGAAUUAGCAAAAAAUUUACGUAAGAAAGCAAAAACAACAAACCAAAACAGCAAUGAAAAUGAAAAGCCGAGGAUAUUCAUGCUGUGAGGCACGUACAUUGGAAUUGCACAAAAAGUACUGCAUGCAACCUGAACACAUAAUUUAAUUUUGAAACUGCCAGCGCUGUAAGGACAAGCAUUUUUAAGAGUUUUAAAGGUAAACGAAGUAGAAUUUUGUAGAAUUUCAUUUCCAUAUGCAUAUUUUGAAAAGUAUAUUUCAAUACUUGUAUGCCUACGUACUUGAAAAUUUAUAAACAAAGAAAUUCUUUAUUGGAAAUAUGGCUCAUUUGCUGGACGAAAGUCAGACCCCAAAAAUAAAGAAACCCUUGUUUUUAACCAAGGAAUGCAUCUUUUAUGUUAUAUAAGAAAGUCAUGACUAUAUUUCUGAAAUAUGUUGGACCCAUGAGAAAUAAUUAGUCUUUUCCACUUUGAUUAGCAACUAAAGCUACAAAAAAAUUACUCUCCGGCC